UCAUCAUGCUAUCCAAAUUAAUUUCCCACCGGCCAUUCGUUUCUUUUAAACUUCAACCUUGCGCUCUAAAUUGCAUGCCUGCACGGUACUCAACAAAUACUGAUACAAUACCAUUUCACGAAAUGGUGCUUGGAUUUUUUGAUAAAGCAUCUGUGCUUAUGGAGGCAAAGCUUGUUGAUGAAAUUAAGGGCCGUGACUCCUUGGAUCAAAAAAAACAUAAAGUCAGGGGUAUUCUAGACAUGAUAAAGCCAUGUAACCACACGCUAGAAAUCAACUUUCCACAUAAACGUGAUAAUGGUCGUUAUGAAAUGAUUCAGGGUUGGCGUUCACAGCAUAGUCUUCAUCGUACCCCAACCAAAGGUGGCAUUCGUUACAGCCUUGAUGUAAAUAAAGGCGAAGUGAUGGCACUUGCUUCUCUCAUGACCUAUAAAUGUGCCGUUGUUGAUGUUCCAUUUGGAGGGGCUAAAGCUGGACUUCGGAUUGAUCCUAAGGUCUAUUCAGAUUCCGAAAUCGAACGUAUCACACGAAGGUUCUGUCUAGAGUUGGCUAAAAAAGGCUUUAUUGGUCCUGGCGUCGAUGUUCCUGCUCCCGAUAUGGGCACCGGGGAAAGAGAAAUGGCUUGGAUUGCUGAUACCUACGCUACAACUGUUGGCAGCCAUGAUCUUCAUGCCUGGGCAUGUGUCACUGGCAAGCCAAUAUUGUUAGGGGGAAUCCACGGCAGAGUAUCUGCUACUGGU